UGGCUGGGAGGGUGUGCGCAGCGACGGCCUACAGCAACACUUUCGGUUGAUGGUGACUAAUGCAUUUUUUUCAUCAUCCAUCCGAGUGUAAAGAGGAUCAGUCCGGCGGAGCGGAUAUAUCACCCUCACUGCACAGCUUCUCUGAAGACCUAGGAGGAACCUGGUUCACUCCACUCAUUUGAUUAGCCAGCUAUCAAAUCUCUUAUCUUCUCCAAUCGCUUGGAAGGCUUUCGUGGCCCAUAGACUUUUGUUGCGACAAGCAAACAUAAAUUAAGAAAUCAAGAACAGAAUGGAUAGAACAGAGCUUAUUCAGAAGGCCAAGUUGGCAGAGCAAGCUGAGCGCUAUGAUGACAUGGCAGCUUCCAUGAAGGAGGUCACCGAGGCUGGAACCGAGCUGUCGAACGAGGAGAGGAACCUGCUGUCCGUCGCCUACAAGAACGUGGUGGGUGCCCGGAGAUCAGCCUGGAGGGUUAUAUCCAGCAUUGAGCAGAAGACCGAGGGGAACGACAAGAAGCUUCAGAUGGUGAAAGAGUACCGGGAGAAAGUGGAGUCUGAACUCAAAGAAAUCUGCAACGAUGUUCUGGAGCUGUUGAACAAAUAUUUAAUUGAAAAUUCCACAAAUCCUGAAAGCAAGGUUUUCUACCUGAAGAUGAAGGGAGACUACUACAGAUACCUUGCUGAAGUCGCCUCUGGAGACGAUAAGAAAGCCACCAUAGAGAAUUCUCAGGAUGCAUACCAAAAGGCGUUCGAUAUCAGCAAGACAGAGAUGCAGCCAACACACCCCAUUCGCCUGGGGCUGGCCCUGAACUUCUCCGUCUUCUUCUACGAGAUCCUGAACUCUCCAGAGAAGGCCUGCUCCCUUGCUAAGCAGGCGUUUGAUGAAGCCAUUGCUGAGCUCGAUACACUGAACGAAGAGUCUUACAAAGACAGCACCCUCAUCAUGCAGCUGCUAAGAGACAAUCUCACAUUAUGGACAUCGGACAACGCAGCGGAUGAGGGAGAGGGCGGCGACGGAGGAGAAAACUAAGGAGGAAAACUGAUGAGGAGGAAAAGAAAACCUUUUUACACAUCUCCAUUCCUUAUUACUCUACCUUAAUUCUUCUAGUAAAGGAAAAAAUAUUGUCAUUCGAGAGCUGUUUAUGAAAACACACACACACACACACACACACACACAAAAAAAAAAUCCAAUCAUUGAGUCUUUUCACAGUGCAGCUUUUGGAUGAGGAGAGAGAGAGAUAUUAAUGAUUAAUUGGGGCGAGAGACCUUCCAUUCCUUGGUUUGUGUUUGUCCUGGUCUUCUGUUGCGUGCCGUCUCUGCUGUAGAAAAGUAUGACUAGCUUUGUUUUAUACCAGCGUCUUAAAAAAAAUGAGUUAAAUAAAAAAGACAACAAAGAUUAAAGACUAAAGACAUGCAUUUCAUUAGAUUUGUGUUUUUUUUCUCUUCUCAGUUGGUAUGUUUAAGACUUGUUGCAGGGAUAUUUAAAACUUUAGAUAACGGUUCUCUCACACGCGUAUAUUGUUCUUAUAUAUCACCGUAUAUGUAUAUAUAUAUAUAUAUCUAUAUAUAUAUAUAUCAUGGUUGUCAACUGCUCAAGUCAGUUAUGUGCUAUGGGUAAUGCCACUGAAAUAAAUCCAUGAUGAUUCUCACUUCUUACUUCUAAUGAUAAAAAAAUAAAAAAGAACUCACAAGACUGCCACGUAAAGAAAACUGAAGAUACCAAUUUAAUCCAGUGCGAUUUUUACUUUAGGAGAGCGAUGUGUGUGUAGUUUGUGGAUGCCAUCAUAUGAUGCGUUUGCUUAGUGUUUUUGGUAAAAUAUUUACUCCGCGUUCUUUCUUUCCAUAAUGCCGUUAACACUUGUGUGGUCGCUUUCGCUUGUCGAUUUUCCACGGAGAGGAUUUGGAAGCACAGAUUUGGUUGUUAUGUUGUGAAUUGGAGUGAGGUUUAGGACUUUGUUAAAGUAGUAGGAGUGUUGAGGAUCUGUAGAACAGUUGUUUGUAGUGACACUGUUGUUACCAAUGACACUCCUGAUUAGUUUAUCACAAACUGGCGGCACCCGAGCCCUCGGUGUAUGCGUGUAUGGGAGUAAGGGUAUUUGGGUGUAUGUAUUCAGCAGGGCAUAAUUCCGCACAACAUUUAGAUUAGAACCCUCUUUCCUAGUUUGAACUUGCUUAUUUAGUGUACGUGAGCAUGUGUGACCUGUGACAUAUGUGACCUAUAUUAGUAUAUCUCUGCAGCGUUUCACUACUGAACAUGGCCAAAUCAACUGACGUCUCACUGUUUGGUGAUUUUUCCUUUUCCUUUAUUUUCCUUUAUUUUUGUUUGUUGCUUUUGAUGGCUGCUUUAAAAGCUCAAAGCUCACAUCCCACUGUGGUUAUGAUGAUGUGCAUUUCACCUAAAGCAUGAAUCGGAACGGGAGUGGAACGGCAGUUCGGCACUUAAGAGAAUUAGAGCUAAAUAAACGAUGGAAGCUGAAUUGGGUAUCGAUCCAUGCAUGUCUUUGUUUAUUAAGUACAAGAUGGAAUGGGAAUUGGCACACGUGCCAAGAUCAGGGUCCAGUUUAGAACUUUUCAUUGCAGAUUUGUGCACGUGUGAGGGUGCGUUGUUGUCCAGUGAGUGUUUGGAAUAGAUUUGGACCACUUAUUCUGUUUUGCUAAUCCUCAAUUGUAGUCUCCAAAAGCCUUGUGGACAUGUUUUACUCCCUGUGUAACACUUAUGUAACAUUAAUAAAAUUUUAUAAACCAAA